UCUAUGACGUCAUAUAAUAUACAAUGGCUGGCGUUUGGGAGUGUGCUGUGUAUUGUCGCUCUUGGUUUUGUAGACUAUGUUUAAUGUGAUUUAAUAAUUUAUAGUAAUGCUUUGAACUGUGAAGAAAAUGGCUUCCGUGAAAGUGGCUGUACGAGUUCGUCCCUUCAACCAAAGGGAACGAGAUAUGGAAGCCAAACUUAUAAUUCAGAUGGAUGGCAAGAAAACCAGGAUACUCAAUGCCAAGCUUCCAGCUGGAAAGGAAAGCGAUCAUGGGCGAGAGAGAUACAAAGACUUCACUUUUGAUCAUUCCUAUUGGUCAUUUGAUGCUGUUGAUUCUCACUAUGCUUCACAAGAAGAGGUUUACAGAGACUUGGGAACUGAUGUGAUUGAAAGUGCUUUUGAGGGAUAUAAUGCGUGCGUGUUUGCGUAUGGACAGACGGGAAGUGGCAAGACUUUCACAAUGAUGGGCACCCCUGUAAGCCGUGGUUUAAUUCCACGCAUCUGCAAGAUGCUUUUCAGUCGCAUGGCUGAAGGUAAGGAGAAAGGAGCCAGCUAUCGUACUGAAGUUUCUUACCUUGAAAUUUAUAAUGAACGUGUCAAAGACCUUUUACAGCCAAGGGCAACAAACCACAGCUUACGCGUGAGGGAACAUCCCCGUCAUGGCCCGUAUGUGCAGGGAUUGUCAAGACAUCUUGUCACUGAUUACUCUGACAUCCAAGAAUUGAUGAUGCGUGGGAACAAUCACCGCACCACAGCUUCAACAAACAUGAAUGAUGUGAGCAGCCGCAGUCAUGCCAUCUUCACUGUCAUGUUUGUUCAGGCUGGUUUCUCUAACAACAUGCCCAGUGAAACAGAAUCUAAGGUUCAUCUAGUGGACUUGGCAGGAAGCGAGCGCGCAGAUGCAAGUGGUGCGACGGGACAGAGGUUAAAGGAAGGUGCUCAUAUCAACAAGUCUCUAGUAACAUUAGGAUCUGUAAUAUCAGCUCUGGCGGAGUUGUCAGGUUCCCAAAAGGAAGAUGGCACUGGCCAGCGUAGAACGUCGCGCUCUUUCAUCCCGUACAGGGAUUCAGUACUCACCUGGUUACUCAGAGAUAGUCUUGGUGGUAAUUCUAAGACCAUAAUGAUAGCAGCAAUUUCACCAGCUGAUUGUAACUAUGGAGAAACCUUAAGUACGCUUCGUUAUGCAAACAGAGCAAAGAACAUAAUCAAUAAACCAACUAUUAAUGAAGAUCCUAAUGUGAAACUUAUUCGAGAUCUGAGGGAUGAAAUAACAAAACUUAGAGCUCUUCUAGGGGCCAAUGAAUAUACGGUUGAAGCGCAGCCUCAAGUAUUAGCUCAGUUACACCAGAAGGAAGCGCAAGAGAAAGUACUAACAGAAGAAUGGACUGAGAAGUGGAGGGAAACUCAGAAAAUCUUACAAGAACAAAAGGCUCUUGGUCUCCGUAAAUCUGGCCUUGGGGUUGUGCUGGAUUCAGAUAUGCCUCAUCUUGUUGGAAUUGAUGACGAUGUACUGAGUACAGGUGUCACUCUGUACCAUCUCAAGGAAGGAGAAACACUUAUUGGGACAGAAGAUGCUGAGGUAAAGCAAGACAUUAUCCUCAAUGGACUUGGCAUAGAAGCAGAACAUUGUAGCGUAGUGCUUAAAGAUGGAGUUGCGACACUGAUUCCCAAACAGCAGGCCCAAUGCUGGGUCAACACUGUCCUCAUUGAUAAGCCUGCUCGACUGUCCCAAGGGUGCAUAAUCCUACUUGGUCGCACGAAUAUGUUCCGUUACAAUGAUCCUGUUGAGGCUGCUAAACUGAGGAAGGAAGGUAGCCGUUCUCAUCUUAGUCUGUCUCGCCUGUCUUUGCUAAGUUGGUCAACACCAGAUCUUGCUUGGUCCACUGAAAACCUCAAUGUUUCUUGUGGUGAUGAUCCAGAACAGUUGGAGCAGCUUGAAAAACAAAGGGCUUCUUUGCUUAAGGAGAAGGAAGCAUUUAAGAAGGAACAAGCAGAACGAGAGCAGGACUGGGAACGAGAGCAACGGGAGAAGCGGGAAGCCCUAGAAGCUGCACAGCGUGAAUUGGAUGAGGAACGCCAACAUAUGGAGCAAGAAUAUGCAGCGCAGUGCAGACGUCUUGCUCAAGACUGGCGUCGUCUUGAAAGGCACCAGCAUGAUAACUUGGCAACAUUAAAACUCAGAGAAGGUGAACUAAGUCGGCAGCGGGGACUGCUGGAAAAUGAACGAGAGCUUCAGAUGUCACAGGUUGCCAGUGAGUGUAGUCAGGUGGUAGCACUGCAGAGCAAGCUGGAGCUGAAACGGAAGUACUUAUCAGAGUUGGUCUCUGGAAAGCUGCUGCAAGCAGGUACAUUGAAGAAAGGCUGCUGUCGUGUUAAGUCUCUUCUGGCACUUGCAGCGGAGUGUUUGGAGUUGAGUGUGGCCGGGGAUAGACUGACAGAUGACUCAAGUGCCGAGUCGUGGUCUAGUGUUGCUGCAGGUGAUGAGAUUGUUCGAGAUCUUGUCAGCACACAUUGCCGGGAAUUAGCAUCCUUAGAAGCAGAAUUGAGGAGAAGAGUUCAAUCUAUUUCUGAUAGUAGAAAUGAGGUACAUCGUCUUGAUUCAGAACUGGCUGCAGUCACUACCUCAUUGCAGAAGGGCAGUGGCUUGGAGGUACAGGCUACAAAGGAAUUACUGGCACAGCGAACGCGUGAGCAGCUGCAAGAGAUAUGGCAGCGCAAACAGUCUCUAUCACUUGAUUUAAAGUGUCCAAUGUUGGCAAAAAGUGUAUAUAGUGGUAAUUCUGGUGAAGUUCCUGUAAAUAAGUCCGCUGCAGCAGCAAAGGCAUCUGCAUCAUCAUGUACCAUUUCAAGCUCGUUGGACACAGCUGAUACAUUCCAUACUGCAUUAUCACCUUGCUCCGUGGAAGGGGAACGUGAUGUAAACAGUGACACCAAAAGGCUGAGUGAGCAACAAGCAGAUGCUGCAAGCGCACGACAGUUAGUGGCACACGUUGGCUCUGACGACAGUGAUGAAGUGUCUAGUAUCGAAGACAGCUAUUUGAGGGCAGCAGCGGGUAGCAAUGGAAUAGUUAAUUCAGAACAUUCUACCAGUUCUUUUGAAAAGAUUUCACCUCCUACGGAGAUUCACAAUAAUACAACGCAGCAGAAAUCUCAGUUUAUGAAUGGGAAGUGCGUUCCAGGCAGUCAACACAUAAAUCAGAUUAUUUUGCAGUCAUCUAAUCCCGAUUGUAUCUGUGUGAGUGAUGCAAUGCGAGCGAUGAAAGAACUGUGUCAGCGAGUAACUCACCAAAAGAUGCUCAUCAUGCAGAGUCUAGAGAAUGACUGUGAUAAGGGCGAGCUCAACAAUCAGAUAGUUGUUCUCCAGGAGCUUCAGCGUCAGUAUGUUCGGCUGGAAUUUGCUCUGGAGCACCACCCCCUCAGACCUCUGCAGCCUCAGAGUCCAGUGCGUUGCAGCAGUGAAGAGUCGGAUGACAUGUCUACGUCAGCUGAUGAUGGUUUGUCAGAUCUGCUUGGAGACACACUGAAGCUGGAUAAUGAGGACUUCCAUAGCGACGGUGAAAGUCCAGGCUGCAGGCAGUCGCUGGCGCACAGGCACAGACCGAGGAUAAUGCAGGAUGGACUGAUGUCACCAGUGAGUCCUACCAUUUAUCCUUCCCCCUCUAGUCAACAGAUGGAAAAUUCAUCUGGAGUGAAUCUCAGCCUUGCAUCACCAACCAGCAGUAACUCGGUGCACUGGGUGCAGAUUCCAAGUUACGUACUGCGUGGAGCUGGUUCAUCGACCCACUAUGAGUAUGAGGUUCGUCUUGACGUGGGUGGGGAGCGUUGGUCUCUUCUACGUCGCUACAAGCGCUUCCGAGAGUUGCACGCGAACAUGAAGGAAAAGUAUGGUUCACAGGUGGAGGCGCUUGCAUUCCCUCCGAGGCGGUUCUUUGCAAAAAAUUCAGAAUCGCUUGCUCAUCAACGAAGGAAGCAGUUAGAAGAAUAUUUAAGGUGCUUGCUAGAAACAUGUUCAAACAUAGGAAGCUGCCCACUCUAUUCCAGUCGAGAGAACCCCACGAAGCUGGCCCUGCACGAGUUCUCUGCCUUCUUCCGCAAAGGAGUGUUUGAAAGUACUAAAUAUGGCACUAGCUAAAUUCCAAGAGGAGGAUUUCUGAAAUCUUCUAGGUAAAGUUCCAACCAGUUGCAUAGGAGUAAGUAGCAUUAGGUUGAAUUUCAGCAUAAAAGUGGUUGUGGUACGCCAUAUGCAUAUUAGUUUGCCCUGAUGCUCAAAAGUACGUUGCAGUUGUAGAAUUAUAAUUUGCACUCUGUUCAUAAUCGUUGCUGUAUUGGCCCAGCUUCACAUGAGAUUGUGUUAGCUCUAUCAACAACGCAGGAGUGGCAUAUGAUUUCUCUCCAGUGGAAAAGGUUAUAACAUUCUCAUAGAACUGCUAAUAUCUUGUGUAAUUAGCCAGUUUGUGUACUGUAAUGGAGCAUAACUUUAUUGGAACGAAACCCGGUGUUGAAAUAAAUUACUUGAAGUGAAUGGUUAUAAAUAAUAGUAUUUUUGUUGCCCUGAACACAUUUGCUGCCAGCAUUUUUUUGAGGCCAUAUUUUAAAUGCCAGGGCUCGAAGCUCAGUUGUGUGGGAAUGGAGUGCAAUGCCUGUCUAGUAAAUAGAAAGAAAACCUAAUUUUAGCAGUGAGUGUGUUAAUAUACAACAUUUGAAAAAAGAGGAACAUUUCCUACAGUAAGGUGCAUACAGACUGUGGCAGGAGGUUAACGUAUUUAAUUUUUACUGACAAGAUAUUAACAAAUUAAAUUUACUUGUUGACCUAUAUUUCAUCACGCAGUUCACGCACUGUCUCGUUUACUUUUACAACCAAUAACUUGGGUGUUUUAUUUAUGUGAGGAUAUACAGAAAUUGUCCUUUGGAAAUUUGUAAAUUGAAACAUUUUCACAUAGAAACUGGGUAGGCCCUACAAAUAUUCUAUUUUCAACAAAUUACAUUUUAUUUUUAUUUGAACUCUUUAUGUAUUUAUUAAUUCUACCUUCAUUUAACACUCAUAUUUCUCUCAUGUGUCAGAGCAUCUCAUCCACGUGAUGCUGCGGCGUUCGUAUGACUGUAUGGUCAUGUUGUAGAUCACAUGGUGAUUUUUGUAGCAGUGGUUCUUGGCGAACUAUAUUGAAUGUGAUAUGCUCGCUUCACCUUCCCACUCACUACAGAUUUUAUACCGGCUGCUGUGUCUUUCACGUUCUCAUUCAAUUUCUCAGUCUUUUGUGUGAGAAAGCGGAAUGCUUGAAAUAUACAACAAUUUAUUUGUCAAUAUGAAAGUAUGAAUUGGUGAUGAAAUAUGGUAUUUUCCUUUUUGUGGUCUCUCUUUUAAAUAUUAAUAUUGAGUUAAAUGUAUUUUAAUAAGAGUAUGAUUACAUUCUGUAAAAUAAAUAUUUGCUUACUGGUUCAGCAUUGCAGAUAGAUAAUUUUUAACAUUGUUUGUAUAGUUGUAAAAUUAUAUUCGAUGUAUAAGAAGUAUAAAUUUGCUUAACAUGAAGGACCACAGAACUGCAUGUUUGUUAAACAGGCUGUGAACUUUAUCAACAAUUUGAUGUCCUUAACAUUGCAGUUUCUGUCAGUUUUAUCACAGAUGUAAAAAAAAAGAAGAAGAUAAUGUGGGUUACCUGUCUAAAUAUUUACCAUGAAUAAAUGUGUGACUAUAUGCCAUUCUUUUAACAUUAAACAUGGGUAGUAUGUAUUGUUUACACAGGGCUUCUGUAUCUGUGUUACAGAUAUUGUAUUUUUCAAUAUGAGGAAUUUUUGUGCAUAAUACUGAUAUGUUUUUUACAGUUUAGUGAGGUCUGAUAUACAAGAAAUGGAAAUCUCUGUGGCGAAGUUUAAAGAUGCGGACAGUUUUCAGAUUGUGAUGAUAAUCCCCAUUUAGAAGAGUUAAUGCGGUGUUGUUAUUUAUUCUGCACACUGGAAACAGAUUUCACUUUGCAAAUUAGGGGAUUGAUAAAUAUUUGCUAUAGAAUUAUCUACUUGGAAUAAGCAUAGGUAAAUUAGAUUUUUUAUUCAUCUCUGCGUGAAUGAUCUGUUACUUUGUUUCAUUUGAGCUGUUUUGAUACGUGUAAAAAUUCCCCAAUAGCUGCCGACGGUUGCGACUCCUGCAUUGUGUUCGGAAGUUCCCCAGUUCAAAUCUCAGACUGGCUAUCCUGACUGGGUUUUUUCAUGGUUUUACUCAGUCCCUGCAGGAAAAUGCCAGGAUAGUACCUUAAAUUAGGCCACAACUGCUUCCUUGCACAUACUUUCCAAUUCAUUACUGUCAUUCUUCCAUUCCACGCUAUGUAGUCUGAGCUACUGUAAAAGCAUCAUUAAAUAAACUACAACUGUCUCUCCACUUUGCAGGUUUGCCAACAGCAGUUAUUGACAGUAUUUUAUGUCCUGUAUGUUAUGUGUUGGUAAUGAGACUGGUUUAAAGCGGUUGAGGUAUGUGCACACUGAAUGUGUUUCGCGUACCGUGUAACAUGUAGCUUGAAGCACUACACCAAGUCCUGUGUUCUUAAAAUCAAGCUACAUGUGACAUGCUAAGCAAAGUGCAUUUGGUUUGCACGUACAGUACAUGGUUUGUGUUGUAGAGAGAAUGUCCGCCAGCUAGAAAUUUUGCUUUACUGGAGAACUGAAGUUACGUUUGUUACCUCUGCUUAUAGUACCGUUCCAGAUAAAGCUCACCAGCUCUGGAUUUGUGCUAUAUUCGUGCUGCUUAGCAGUGAAGAAAAAGAUUCAGUGUUAAUGUGGUUGAAGUUACUGACAGUAGGUAAUUGAAAAUUCUAUAUCCACUUGAUACUCCUCCAUUGAUAGUGAAAAGCUUGUCAUCAGAAUGUGGCAUUUUCAUUGAGUCCAGUAACGUUUCUGAGCUUAUUGUUAGAUUUCAGUUAUAAUGCCAAUUUCAAUUUGUUAAAAGGUCAUUGUGCAUUGUGUCGCUGGUGUUCCUAGUGCUGUUCUGGAGACCUCGGUAAAUAGACGUAUUUUUAACACCACACAUUUCAAAUACGUCACAACAUAAAUAAUAUAUAUUUUGUAAUAGAAUCUCUUUAAUAAUUUUACAUAUAAAUUAGACCCUCUUUAAAAUGUUUAAGAAAUCAACAAAACUCGAAGAUUGAGCAGCAGUUCUUGAAUUUUUCUCCUUAUGUGGCCAAUGUGAUCUCAUUGGCUGUGUGGUUUAACCUUUAUUGGCAUUGUCUCAGUAGAAUUCUGCUACUUUUAAAACAUCCCAGCUGACAUCCCUUAAUAUGGAACUUCAUCACAUUGCCUUAGGACAGGUGAACUCUGGCACCGUGGGUCUGAAUUCUGCCCAGGGCUUUAGAGUUGUGUGUUUUUAUUACUACAGCCUUCCAUAUUUAGAGAAGUUCUACCAUAUGUUACCCUUUCGUGCAUAGGAACUGCAGCAUUAUUUCUGGGAGAUGAUUCCUAUGAUUAAAUCUGAUUUAUCAAUAAAAUAAUAUUCCCAAGUAAUGAACAGGGACUCAAAAACUAAUGUAUUUUAAUAACAUUUGUGUAAGCACAUGUGGCUGUUAAUUGGACCUGUUCAUGCCAUUUUAAAUUCAGUUUAAUUUUUGGUACUCACAAGUGCCUGUUGGGGUUUGUCCCCUGUGUUAAUGUUUAUGCCAACAUUAUAUCAUAUGGUUUGGGUGCUAUUGAGGCAGUUCCAUUCUUCAUUUGCAUCGAAGGCUCAACAUUUCCUCAUGCAAUAUAUAUAUCUCAUACAUAACAUCUUCAUGGUUCUCCAUAAAAUUGUCUUCAAGGAUUAUAUUUUGCCCUUGAAGUGACUGCUGUUUCAACGUUGGCUCUUGCAUUCAUUGUUCUAAUUUGAUCCAUUUAUUUUUAUAUUUUUCUGAAUAACAAAUUUUGCUCUGUGUUUCUUCUAAUGCCCCCUUAAUUUUUAUUUCGAGGCAUCGAAAACUAUUUUUGCUUGGUGUUGAAGAAGUGUUUUUGACUAUUCUAUUUCCACAUUUUGGGAAUUACUUUGAAAUAAAUAUGUGCGUUUGUGUAAUCUUGCUUUGGUAACAAGUAAGUGUUUGAAAUAUAAAUUGCAAAGUAAUGUAAAUGUUGAAAAACUGAAUAGGAAAAUAUCAUUAUCGAGCAUUCAUGAAACUGGUCCACCGUGUGACUCAUUCUGUUGUCCAGUCGUGUUUUGUCUUUAAAGGACUUUCUUUAUUUCUUGUUCCAGAUUUAUUUCAUUGCUUGUCAAUAUAUGUAUCCAUUGGUUUGUGUUAUUGAAAAUUAACUGCUUGAAUUCAUUUUUUAGUUCCUGCAAAAUAUCUUUGUUUCUUUUAUAGUCUCAUGUUUUUUUAACAUUUCUUAGUCUUCUGAUGAGUGUUGUAGACCUUUGAUUAGUUUAAUGCAGUUUAUUGCUAACACAUUUAAUUGUUUAUUGACAUAUCAUGCUACUUUUAAGAACUGUUGUACAUCCUAGUUUAUGUUCUUACACAGUCCUCUUUAAAAAUUCUUAAUUCAAUUGUUUUUGUGUAUGAACUUAACGCCAUAGGAUAACGAUGUUGUAUUUAAGAAUUAUGUACCAUUUUAUUAUAUGGAAGACUGCGUGUUCUGUGUUAGUAAAGCUGAACCUAUAAAGUGUGUGGUUGUAUGAUAAAGUGCAAUAUUUAUGUAUUCUAGGCCUUUGGGAAAAUAUAUUACAAAGGUUUCGCUCUGUGUUGACAAGCACAAAUACAUCACACAGCAUGUAAUGUUGAAUGAAAGUUUUCCUCUUAAACUUUUGUGCCUGUUUACAUACCUGCAAUAUUUUUUUGCACAAAUAAUGGGUUUUGCAAUAAUUUGAAAUUAUUUAAUUUCAGAGUUAGCCAUUAUUAUUUUAAAGAUAUCCUAUAGGGAUAUGAAGAGUUUUAUUAAUAAUGGUUUGACAUUGAAUAGAUAUAUCAUAACUUCACAUUUUGAUUUAUAAUAAUCCUAGCACUCCUAUUAUAUUACAACACGAGAGAGAAAUUUUGUAAGUCAUCGUAUGAAGAUUGUCAAUCAGAAUACGUGAGAAAGCUUGAGUAGCAUUUAUCCUUGGCCAUAUGUACAUAUUACAUGUGGUAUGUUUAAUAUGUGAAGGGCCUCGUUAUGUAUUACUUAAUGCUGAAGAUGGAGGUGGUAUGUUCCUCCAAGACUCUAGUAACAAUGUACAGGACUAUGUGGCAUCAUAACGCAGAACGCUUCCAAAGUCAUUUUAAAUAUAAUUAUGUUAAAAUUAUUUUUUAUCGUAAUUUAUAAAAAGGAAUUAUGUUGUGGAUUACAUAAGCAUUUAUAUUAAAUAUUUAUGCUAUGUUAUGUCUUGUUGGUGAGAAGUUAACACACGGUAAAAAUUACUCUGUAGAUUCUUUUGUAAUAGACGUCUGUGUAACAAAGAAAAUCUGGGAUGCCAGCACAAUUCUCGUACCACACAUUUACGCAGUCCUCUCUCUCGUUAACAAAUUAAGGUGUGUAUGGGUAUGUGAUAGAGUAUGGUGCUCUAGAGGACUCAGAAAGUGUCCAAAGUGGUACAAGUCUGAUUCCGUACUUCUUGUAAGCUUUGAAGUUUAGUAUUUAUAAUAGAAAUAUAUAUAUCUCACAUGGGCAUUAAGAAUUUGUGUCCUGCUCUUAAGUCUGACUGAGAAGGUGAUUAUGUUGAUGUUUCUUACAAACAAAGGACCUGGUAAGAGAACUCUUUGAAAUACUGUAAUUGCAGCUCAAACCAUCACGCAAGGCGUGAGAAUAUCUCGUACAUCAUUCCACGCAUUUACAAUUCACUUUGAAGAAUAAUCAACUUCGUUGUUUUAUGAAAAUUGGAAACUGUUGUCAGGCUUGUGCCUUAGCAUUUCCUGUUAAAUAAUUGAACUGUGUUAAAGUUGGGCCAUUGCACUGUUAAUUGCACGAUUUUUUCUUUCAUGUAGAAAGUGACUGAUCGCUUUAGAUCUGAAUGGGCUUCCGAGUAACAUGUUUGAGCCAUUGUAAUGCAGUAUCUGUUUGUGGUUUUACACUGUGAUGAUUUAAAUACUUAAAAUAGUGGCUUUGCCCUAUUGUAUGAGUUGCAGAAUAAAAAACUGUAGAUUCAGCAGAA